CUUGACCUCGGCGCUGCAGAGACCGGGCCGAAGUGAGGCGAGCCAAGAUGGCCUGAAAGAGUGAGAGGUUUACGUGAAGCUCGUCUGCUGGAGAGGUGCUGACUCUACGUGCCGACUGUAGGAGAAACCUUUUGAGGAAACGCGUCAUUGUUCAGUUCAAUUAACUGAGCUGGUUCUGCAGAAGAGUGUUUAUAGACAUGGAGUUUCCACACAGCGGGUCUAAGUGUUGCCUSUGGUGAAGCUGACAUUAGUCAAUGACAGUAAACCCACUGGAGAACCUUGUAUCUGACUGAACUGGUAGGAAAAAGUUGAUCUUUGACUUUUUACCAAGAACCCCAGCAAACAUGAACGACAUGGCAGAGUUGUCGGUGAAGUGCGUCCUGGUCGGGGACAGCGCCGUUGGUAAGACGGCCCUGCUGGUCCGCUUCACCUCAGAGACCUUCCCGGACUCUUACAAACCAACGGUGUUCGACAACACGGGUGUGGAGGUCUACAUGGACGGGGUCCAGAUCAGCCUCGGGCUGUGGGACACGGCGGGCAAUGACAACUUCAAGCAGAUCCGACCCAGGUCGUACCAGCAGGCCGACGUCGUCCUCAUGUGCUACUCCGUGGCCAACCCCAACUCUCUAGCCAGCAUCCAACGCAGGUGGAUCGCCGAGGUGCGGGAAUACCUGCCCAAGGUGCCGGUGCUGGUUGUGGCCACGCAGACGGACCUGAGGGAGGUGGGGGUUCACCGGGGCAGCUGCAUCUCCCCGGCUGAGGGGAAACGCGUGGCCCACGAGGUGCACGCUAAGGGCUACCUGGAGUGCUCGUCCCUGGGUAACCGAGGCGUGCAGCAGGUGUUCGAGCACGCCGUGCGGACGGUUUUUAACAAAUACAAGAAACGAGAGAGGAGACGCUUGUUCAGCAUCAACCAGUGCAAAAUCUUUUGACCACUGACUUUGAUUUGGUUUCCUCAGAAGUCUUUUGAGACUUGUGCUCUUCAAACUCAGACAAACAAGGAUGGGGGGACAUAAUGA